CUGUUGUUUUGUUCUUUUAGAUCUUAUCUCUUCAGUCCCUUUUGUCAUUAGAGCAUGUUUUUCAUGAAAGUAUUUGAGCAUGGAGGCCGCAUUACAUGCUGUGGAUUGUACUGGAAGAGCAGAGGAGCCAGGUGAUAGCCAGGGGUAGCCAGAGGGGAUCGCGCCGCAGCCCGCCAAUGACUAGCAGGAAACAGCCCGCCUGCCAGAACGCAUUAUUUCAACUUUGGCUUUCAGGGCGCUAAUUCCCUGAAUGGCAAUAACAAGGGGGCGGGAGGGAGAAACACGUGGGAACGGAAAGAAAAGAUAUUUGAGAAGCUAAAUCUGAGGGGGAAAGGAGUUGCCAGGAGUUUUGGGGGCGAGCAGAUGCAGGCAGGGAGGCAGAGGAGGGGAAAAGGCUGGGCUUCGGGAACCUGCUGCUGGGCUUUAGACAAAGGCGGUUUGAGAGGCAGAGAACGAGGCGGGACCAGUUGCUAAUAUCAGCACGGGACGGAGCCAGCCAGCUGGACUCCCGGCAGGAAACGGACUCAAUUCCCAGCGUCUCCUUUGGGCUGGGAAUGACUGGAGUAUGUACCAAACUAAGAACUCAGAGGAAAAAGUAAGUUUGGGGAAGGACUUCCAGAUUCUGCCCGUCUUUGCAAUCUUGCUCCCCUGUGAGGCAUGCCUCCGAUGCGUUACCUCUUUAUAGUUUCUGUUUCUUGCGUGAUCAUUUUUAUUGUGUUCUACGUGUUCAGUUUUGGGGGAGAGCAAAACUUCCAGAGACCGAAUAAUUCAGACACUUUGAUCCUGACUCAGGUUUGCACAUCCUUCAUCAAAGGCAAAACGCCCUUCCUGUGGAGAAACAAACUGAUAAUGUACGAGAUGUCUUCUUGCAAGGACUACCUGAUCCAAAGCCACUACAUCACGGCCCCUUUAUCCAAGGAAGAAGCUGAAUUUCCUUUGGCAUAUAUUAUGGUCAUCCAUCACCAUUUCAAUACCUUUGCAAGGCUCUUCAGAGCUAUUUACAUGCCCCAGAAUGUCUACUGCGUUCAUGUGGAUGAAAAGGCGACCAUUGAAUUCAAAGAGUCAGUAGAGCAAUUACUGAGCUGCUUCCCAAAUGCUUUCCUGGCCUCCAAGAUGGAGCCGGUUGUCUAUGGGGGGAUCUCCAGGCUCCAGGCUGACCUGAACUGCCUCAAAGACCUCGCGUUGUCCAAGGUGCCCUGGAAGUACGCCAUCAACACGUGUGGGCAAGACUUCCCCCUGAAGACCAACAAGGAGAUCGUUCAGUAUCUGAAAGGCUUUAAAGGGAAAAACAUCACCCCGGGGGUGCUGCCCCCAGCUCACGCCAUUGGACGGACUAAGUUCGUCCACCGGGAGCACCUGGGCAAAGAACUUUCCUAUGUGAUCAGAACCACAGCGCUCAAGCCCCCUCCUCCCCAUAACCUCACCAUUUACUUUGGGUCUGCCUAUGUCGCUCUGUCAAGAGAAUUCACCGACUUUGUCCUCCGUGACCCGCGGGCUGUUGACUUGCUUCACUGGUCCAAAGACACUUUCAGCCCCGAUGAGCAUUUCUGGGUGACGCUGAAUCGGAUCCCAGCUGCUGGAGUUGCUUCCCCCAGGAGCGUCUUACCACCCUCCUAUGUCUCCAGCGCCCUCCACAUUUGCCAAGUGCUCCAGCCACCCUCACAGGUGAGCUAUGACAAACAAGCCCUCUGUAAUGUGACCAGACCUGCUGGGCUUCCCUUCCUGCCUCCCCUGAAUUACACUGACUGGUACUUCCAGGAAUUUUGCAGCAACCCCGAAGCCUUUGUUUUUUCUUCAGAGUGAGGAAGUAGGAGAAGAGGGGGCUGGGUGGGAAGGAGACUUCUUUGGUUUGUAUGAAAUGACCUCAGAUCUGAAGAUGUCAGACUUUUUGAAAGACUACUGGCGAGUGACUCCACACACUGGAGAUAGCCACUGUGUCAAGAGUUCACGUUAUCUGAAGCUCUGUGUGAAAGGGGAACCAACUUUCUGGGAACAAUGACUAUCACCUUUCCCUUGGGUGGUGCAAACUGAAAGGUGUGUUUAUUUCAUUUAUGUCAGCCACACUGACCCUUUAACGUUACAAGUCACUGCUAGUUUCCUUCUGCCCUCAUCCCAUACUCCAAGAGUGUAAUUCUUUUUUUCCCCCUUCCCAUAGCCUACACACACCUGUAUAUGCUACGUAACACGAUCGGACUGUCUGAUUUAACCCAGGAACACCCACCUGGCCACAGGCUCUUGUCGCCGUUGACAGUCUUCUGCUAAUGCCUAGUACAAGUGCAUGUUUUUUCUUACCU